AUGACAAGAAAUUUAGAAUUCGAUUCCAUAAAAGCAAAAGCACGUCGUAUCGUAAAUUGGGAAUCAUCUAUAAAAAAAAAUCCUAGUGACAUUGGCAUAUCUCGAAGGAACGCAUCCUCAAAAUGGUCCUACAACGAGUUUUUAUCCAAUAACGAAGCGUUAUUAAUCGUAACUGUGGAGUUAUCAAAACUCUAUUUGGAAGAAGAAAUUUAUGGCCGGCGUAAAGAAAUGGUGAUAGAUGAAAAAAUAAUUGAAAAAAUUCAAGCAAAACUUAGAUUUUUAGAAGUAUUUCAAGUAUCUCCCAACAUUUUGAAAUUUUAUGGACUCUCUUAUAUUGAUAAUUAUCAAGUUAAAGUUGCAAAUGUAAACAAUAAUGAUCCUGCUUCAUCACGAUAUCCGUUGAGAAAUCAUGAUGACUUCGAUAGAGAAAGUCCAGAUAUUCAAACCUCCAAAAAAUUAUGUGCAAAUUAUCGUUACCGUGAUAGAUCAAUUAUUUUGAUUCUUCACCUGCUCUUAAACCUCAUACAACUUAUAUUUGGAUGGAUAUGGAGGAAUAGAUUUGUCAAAUAUGAUAUGGAAUCUUUUGUUGAUGAUUUGCAAGAAAUCAUGUCAUUUAAGGAAGGUAUACAAGCUCAUAGAAUAAAAGAUUUUGCGACAGCAUGGGGAUAUUUUUAUUGCACACGCAAGAGUUAG